UGCACCCUAUACAUUUGACUACUACUUAUUUCAUCUUUCAUCUUCUCUCUCAAAGUCAGUCCUAUUUUUAGGGUUUCUUCAAAAAUAUCUCUCGAUAUAUAGGUGGAAGUAACAUAUAUAUAAAUAUGGAGUGUGAGAGAUCAUCGUCGUCCACAUCAUCCGACACCGGAGCCGUUCGGCACCGUCAUACGUCGUCGUCCUCCACCGUGACUAGACGAAUGUACGAGUGCACUUUUUGCAAAAGAGGUUUCACGAACGCACAAGCUUUAGGUGGUCACAUGAACAUCCAUCGACGUGACCGUCUCAACAAAGCCAAGGUGCAAAACGAUGCUGACGUGGCACUCUCACAAGCUCGUAGAUGUUUCCACGUGGCGUCUGAUCGUGGCGGCUACGAGCAAGUAGACUCCGUCGUGAUGAGGACGACGACCACCACCUCGAACUACAUCCAACACUUGAGAAUCGGCUCUAUGGCUACAAGGAGAGAACAUGUCGUGGUUGAAGGAGAUGAGAUCGAUUUGGAGCUGCGACUUGGCUUAUGAUUAUCAAGUUUUAUAUACUUAUAGAUGUGUAUUACGUUUUUGGUGUAUACUAUAUGGUUUUCGAGGUUGAUGUAUGUAAAUCUAGGAAAGCAUAUAUGAGGCGUUUAUUAUGUUAAGGGUCGUAAGAUAUUUUUGGGUGGUUAUUUUAUUGUUUGCAUGUUUUGUGAUCAUUCUAUAUAUGAGA